AUGGUGCACACGAGCAUUCGCAUUCCGGUUUUUCUGAUCAUGGGCAUGCGUAAGUUUUGUCGGACUCAUGGCGCGCCCUCUGAAGACCAUUCUCACAGCCAUAGCCGCGUGCCCAGUGAUACUAGUGGCCAUGUUUCAUCCCAACAAAUUUGGAGAGAUACUAUCGGGUCAGUUUUGACCAUUAGCAUUCUCCCUGCCGUUGCACUGUGGGCCAUCCCGGACCUAAGCAAGCGUCCGAAUCUCCUAAAAAUUCUUCUGGGGUUUGCUGCGGGCGGUCUUCUAGGCGAUGCCUUCCUUCAUCUUAUUCCUCAUGCGCUUGAACCCCACUCAAAUUCCGGCGGUGAUGAGGCACACUCACAUGACAAAGAGCAUGGCCAUAGUCAUUUGUCCGAGCACACUACUGUGCCACUUUGGGUCAUCGGCGGGAUAUUUAGUUUCCUGUGCAUAGAUAAACUUCUCCGGUUCCUAAAUGGUGGAAGUUCGCACAAACACUCUCACACCUUGAACGCAUCUACCAAGCCGUCCGGGGCCAAAGAGCAGAAUCACACCGAAAAGCAGAAGAGUGUCUCUGGCGACGAAAAAUCUAAAAAGAAGAAGAAAUCCAAUGGAUCUAAGAAGGAGGAACAAGCCAACAAUAGCGACAAGAAAACAUCCGCGAAGAAUAAGCCAACAACGGAGUUAAAAGACUUGAAGGAAGAACGCCAAAACAGCGUGGCCAAACAGCCUAAAAAGAAGAAGGGGUCUUCAGGCCUUCAAGCGGCGGGCUAUCUCAAUUUAGCGGCUGACUUCACACACAACUUUACGGAUGGUAUUGCUAUCGCCGGAUCGUUCCUUGCUGGUCGUAAUGUUGGUUGGGUCACCAGCCUGACCGUCCUUAUUCACGAAUUGCCGCACGAGGUAGGGGAUUACGCGAUCCUUAUCCAGUCUGGAUGCGGUGCCUACAAGGCAAUGCUUCUGCAGUUGAUUACUGCCCUCGGAGCUCUGCUGGGUGCCUCCCUGAGCCUCAUCAUGGCAGGCGUCGGAGUAGACACCAGCCUACUUGGUUUUGGACCCACCGUUCUCUCCCCAGAGCUUUUUGUCACUCGACUGCUUCCACUGACUGCAGGCGGUUUCAUCUACAUCGCUCUCGCCUCCGUGAUACCCCAAUUGUUGAGUUCCAACGGCGAAUCGGCUUCUCUUCAGGCUAAACCCAACAUGUCACGGCGUUUUGCGCAGUCCUGUGCGGAGUUGGGCGCUCUCUUUCUUGGUGUUUUCCUCAUGGUUCUAAUCACAGUGUUUGAGUGA